CUUUCUCUUUCUUUUUUUCGUUUUAAUUCUUCCUCUUCUUCUUCCCUAAUUUCUUACAUAUAUUAUAAUAUAUUAAGACAGAAUACUGAAGAAGCACUCCAGAGUGAUCAAACUAAAAGCACUUCCUCAGAUCAUAUUGCUCUACUACUACAACAAUCGAUCUAUCCACAACCACGUCGUUUUUCCAGGAAUUUGGUUGCCACAUUCUUCUUCUUCGGCCUUCCGAUCAAGAAAAAACCACGCAGACACACAGAAAUUCACAAAAUGCAAGAAAGCCCAUCACAAGCCACGCGGCGGCGAAGAUUCGCCGUGGACGACGGAGCCGAUCUAAUUGACUGCUCCGGCAAGCAUUGCCGAUCCUGCACCGCCGGGUUGGUGGCGGAUUGCGUCGCCGUCUGCUGCUGCCCCUGCUCGGUGGUCAGCUUCUUGGCUCUGGCUUUGGUCAAACUGCCGUGGAUGGUCGGACGGCGGUGUCUGCAGCAGGCGAGGAAGAAGAGGAAGAAGAGGAAAUUGGUUUGCCGGAGAGGGGAAUGCGACGGCGCUACGGCGGCGGAAACUGGUGGGUGUGUGGGAAAUGAAAAGGGAUUGCCGGAAGUUUCGCCGGGAUCCGGCGAGGAAGAUGAAACGACGGGGAAUUUUAGUGCAAGAUUUGAAGCAGAGAGGAUUUGGUUGCAAUUGUAUCAAGUGGGUCAGUUGGGAUUUGGAAGAGUUUCUUUCACUGGGAAUUCAAACCUUUGGCCUAAUUCCAAUUAAGCUCUCUAAAUUUAAUUACUCUAAUUUGUAAAGUUAGUUAAUAAGGUAAAAUUAUUAAUUUAGCAUUCUAUUCUUGUGUUUAUUCA